UAAUGUAUACUUACCUUAGUACGAGUAUAUUCAGUGUAGUAAAGUAGUCGCAAGGCUUACAACAGAAAAAACAGGUUUUAGAUGAUAAAUAUUGAAUGUUGAAUUCUAAUUUUUCUAAAACUCCUGUCAAUGAAACAAAGGGAAGUAUGAAGGGCGUAUACAAAGUUAUUAUAUUACUGGUUAUAUGUCUGAAUACUAUUUUAGUAUGUAUAAAUAUUGCACUAGUUGUAUUCAAAAAAAGUGAAAAUAGCGACAAUUCGGCCAUUAACGGUUUAUACUUAACGCCGCACAUCAAACUUGGUCAUAUUGAAGAUGCCCAAAAAAUGUCUAGAGUCCAUCAUCCUGAAUUUCUUUACGUUGACAGUUAUUCAGGUUACUUAACAGCCGAUGAAUCCACCAAUUCACACUUGUUUUUCUGGUAUUUUCCUGCUGCAAAAGUCUCAACCAAAACACCUUUAAUUCUGUGGCUGAAUGGCGGUUAUGGCACAUCAUCCCUCUACGGCUUAUUUGCAGAAAUCGGCCCGUUUCACCCCAUAUCGUCCACUGAACUAAAACUCCGCCAGCAUUCUUGGCAUAAGCAGUACAACCUGUUGUUUAUUGAUAAUCCCGUAGGUGUAGGUUACAGUCGAACGCAAAAAGGCCACACUGUGAAUGAGGCGCAAGCCGGGCGUGAUCUGUACACAGUUAUGAGGCAAUUCUAUCGUUUAUUCCCUGAAUUAAUGAGUAAUGAUUUUUACAUUGCUGGAGAAUCGUACGCUGGGAAGUAUAUUCCAUCACUAGCCUAUACAAUUCACAUGAAUAAUCAAAAAACUAAGCAGAAAAUCAACUUCAAGGGUCUAAUAAUUGGUAAUGGUUUUAUAGAUCCAAUAAAUCAGUUGAAUUACGCUGAUUUUUUGUAUCAGCAAGGACUGGUGGAUAAAGAGGAAGCUGAUGAAUUGAACGCAACUCAAAAUAAAUGCAUUGAUUUAAUUUCAAACAAAAAUUACACUGAAGCAUUUAAAGUUUUUAGUGAUAUAAUCUACGGCGAUGUUGAUUUCACGCCCUAUGGUAGUUUUUUCGCCAAUUUUACAGGUUUUUCAAAUUACUACAAUUAUCUAAUUCCUGAUGAUACUAAUCCGAUUAAAUUAUACACGGAGCAAUUUUUAAAUAAGAAAGAUGUAAAGCGUGCUUUGCAUGUUGACGAGGAUGAAUUUCUACUGAAUGGUAACAAAGUUCAGCGUUCUGAAGUAAUGGAAUCGGCUGUAACAUGGCUAUCAGAACUACUAUCACAUUACAGAGUUUUAUUGUUUGCUGGCCAGUUAGAUAUUAUUGUAGGCUACCACAAUGUUCACAAUUUUAUUGAGAAUAUGAGCUUUUCUGGAGAUGACGAAUUUAUGAAGGCACCUAGAGUAAAAUGGCAUGUUGGAGACGACCUGGCAGGAUAUUGCAGAUCAGCUGGAAAUAUAACAGAAAUUAUGGUGAGAAACGCUGGGCAUGCUGUGCCAAAGGAUCAGCCUUUGUUCACUUUAGAUAUGAUUGAUAGGUUUAUAAAUAAUAAGACAUUUAAUUAAUUAAUUAAUUAUAAAUAGUCGUAGUACGAUGUUAUUAACAAAAUCAGUAAUCACUUUCACCUAGUAUUCACAUAGUUAUUCACGUUAUCAAUACAAUGUUUUUUUCAAAAUCGUUAACAUUUUUACAACUGCGUCAAAACAACUAAGAAUGCAACAAAAAUAAACGAACAGUUAACAAUU